GCGCGAAGAUAAUCGUGCUGCCAAAGCGGCCUCCGACAACGAGGCGAAGGACUGGCACGGGCUCUUCUCGCAGACCACGGACUGCCCCAAGCUGAGGCUCUCCACAGACCGGAACCUGAAGCGCAAGCCCCCGACCCAGGCCAGGCGCAGGAAGCGCUCUGACAAGCGGAAGGCAAAGAAACAGGCGAAGGCGGAAGCAAAGAAG